AUGAAAUGGAUAUUACGUCCUAAACAAAGUGAAGAGUAUUGUAAUGGGGUGAAGAAAUUUGUUUUGAAUGCAUUGUCUAAUUUCGCUGUUGGUAAUGAAAUACAAUGCCCUUGCAAGGACUGUAGUAAUCGUUUUUGGUACUCUAUGGAUGAUGUGUAUGAUCACCUAGUAUGCAAGGGCCCCUGUUCAUCCUUGGUUGAUUGGGUAUAUGAAAUUUCGACCCCUAAGUACCGAAAGAAAACUGAUCAGAUGGAGACGGACUGUGAUGGGGGGUUUGGGUUAGGAAAUGACUUUGAUGAGAUGAUGCAUAAUACGUAUAAAUAUACUUCUGAUUCUGUAGGUAGAAAGGGGAUUAAUGAGUAUGCAAGUAAAUUUUAUCGGCAUGUCGAAGAUGGGAAACAGCCUUUGUAUCCUGGCUCGAAAAAAUUUACUCGUUUAGGCUUUAUAGUAAAGCUUUACCAGCUGAAGUGCAUUCAUGGAUUUUCCGAGUCCUCCUUUAGUGCUAUACUAGAGUUAAUUAAGGAAGCCUUUCCUGAUGUUAAUCUCCCUCCAUCCUUUAACGCUGCGAAGAAUAUAAUCAAAGAGUUAGGUCUUGAUUACCAAAAAAUUCACGCAUGUCCGAACGAUUGUAUGUUGUAUUGGGGUGAAAAUAUAAAUGAAACUAAAUGUAAAGUAUGUGGUGUGUCAAGAUGGAAAAAUGUGGAUAAUGAGAUCAGGGAUAUUGAUAGUGGCCUUCCGGAAAAGAAGUAUAAUGUCCCUGAAAAAGUUAUGCGAUACUUCCCAUUGAAACCAAGGCUGCAACGCGUAUUCAUGUGUAAGGAAUAUGCUGAACUCAUGACAUGGCAUGAAGUAGGACGAAUCAAAGACGGGAAGUUAAGGCAUCCAGCCGAUGCCGAGGCUUGGAAGUCACUGGAUGUUAGAUAUCCAAAUUUUGCCGCUGAAAAUCGAAAUGUUAGGUUAGGAUUAGCGGCAGAUGGCUUCAAUCCUUACCGAACAAUGGGUUUAAAUCACAGCACUUGGCCAGUGGUUCUGGUUAAUUAUAAUCUUCCCCCUUGGUUGAUUAUGAAACCAGAAAAUAUAAUUCUUUCAACUAUAAUCCCCGGACCUGUGCAGCCUGGUAAUGAAAUAGAUAUUUAUAUGCAACCACUUAUUGCCGAAUUAAAAGAAUUGUGGGAUGUAGGCAUAGAGACGUAUGAUUCCUUCUCUGACAGAACAUUCACAUUACAUGCGAGCCUACUAUGGACCAUAAGUGAUUUUCCGGGGUAUGCGGUUUUAUCAGGUUAUAGCACAAAGGGUAAGUUAGCUUGUCCAAAUUGUCAUUACUACACCUCGUCAACCUACUUGAAACAUAGUCGAAAAGUCUGUUAUAUGAAUCACAGAAAAUUUCUUCCACCUGACCACAAGCUUAGAUUUGAUAAGAGAAGAUUUAAUGGUCUGGUGGAGACAGACCUUUGUCCACCACCAUUAUCUGGAGUAGAAAUUUCAGAACUCUUGCGUGGCUAUAAGAAUAAUUUCGGGAGGCAAAUGAAAAAAAAGAAGCCUUCAGAUUGCCCUUGGAAAAAAAGGUCCAUUUUCUUUGAAUUACCUUAUUGGACUGGUCAUUUAAUUAGGCACAAUUUAGAUGUCAUGCACAUUGAGAAGAAUGUGUGUGAUAAAAUAUUAGGGACUUUGCUGAAUAUUAGUGGCAAGAGUAAAGAUCAUCUGAACGCUCGUUUUGAUUUGCAAGAUAUGGGCAUCCGUAAGGUUCUUCAUCCUGUACUAUCUGCUGAUAAAAAGCACUAUGAAAUCAGCGCGGCUACUUUUGACAUGACAAAAAAAGAAAAAGAAAAUUUUUGCUCAGUGUUGUUAAAUGCUAGACUGCCUUAUGGAUGCGCAUCUAAUAUCAGCCGCUGCGUGCUAAUGAGUGAGAGGAAAGUGUAUGGAUACAAAAGCCACGAUGCACAUUUCAUUCUUCAAUACUUGCUACAAUUUUCUGUGAUUAAAACCUUGGAUCCAGAGGUGGCAAUACCUUUGAUCAGGUUGGGGUCAUUUUUUAGGGGCAUAUGUGGCAAAGUCAUCGAUUUGGAGGAUAUUCCGAAGUUGCAAGAAGAAAUCAUAGAAAUACUCUGCCAAUGUGAAAUAAUCUUUCCACCGGCUUUCUUUGACAUUAUGAUGCACCUACCUAUUCACUUAUGUAAAGAGGUGGAAUUAGGAGGACCGGUGCAUCUUAGAUGGAUGUUUGGUAUUGAAUGA